GAAACAUCACUAGAACCACUUAGUCUACAGCACUUAUAAAAAACCACCGAGACAAGUAGACAUCACGCUUCAUCGUGAGGAUUUUCACUGGGGAAAAGCUACUGUGGAACUGGCAGUCUUUCAUCACACAGAGAAUAUCAACCAACUCCAACAAGUACACAUCAUGAAUAAUACAAGCCUUGGUAACGUAGCCUUGCCUAUAAAAUGCUUAAGAUCCGUGGCUGAAGAAUGGACCAACUAUCACUAUUUAAACCCAACGCUUGUGACAGCUAUUGCUGUGCUUUCUUUGAUCUUGGGAGUUUUGUCAACGCUUGCAAAUGGCCUGGUUUUAGCUGCAGUUUUUAAAACACCGUCUUUGAGAACCAAGACAAAUUUUUUCCUGACUUCCCUCGCGUUGACUGACUUGUCAAUGGGUUUAUUUAUCUGUCCUUUGUUUUUCUUUGGGGCAUUGAAGUGGCCUUACCAUGUUCGAUUCCCAGUUUUUGGGAUGGUGUUGGAUUUUCUCAUCAUGCAAACUCUCAUAGGAUCAACUCUGAACCUCUGCGCCAUUAGUUACGAUCGUCACAUCGCGGUAAAGUCCCCAUUGCUGUAUACUGUUAUCAUGACAGACAAAAAAUGUGUGAGCAUAAUAACUACCAUUUGGGUUGCGUCGACGGGGCUUUCAGCGCUAAGUUUUAUGGAUUCAAGUUACGAGGAAAGGCCUACAGUUUACAUCAUCCCGGCUCUAGCAGUUCCUGUGCCAUCGAUCACCUUCAUGAGUUACUGCUACUGGAAAAUCUAUAAAGUAGUUCUUAGACAAAAGAAGCAAAUUAAGGCGAAUAGCCCUAGCGCCUUUGUUAAUAAUGAUGACACAACAGUGGUCCAAAAUCGUGGAAACGAUAGUGCUAGACUCAAAAAGGAACGCAAAGCCACAACGACUGUCGCUAUGAUAGUUGGUACAUUUAUCCUGUGCUGGCUUCCUAACACUCUCGUGUCAAUCCUUCACUUUUUCAUCACUAAAAGCUACAAAUGCAAUGCCUAUACCUUUGGAGAAUUCUGGCUGCUAUCCUUACCUAUAUCAUUUUUAAACUCUCUUCUUGACCCCUUAAUUUACGUUCUCCGAAACAGAGAAUUUAAAUUUGCUAUCAAGGCCUUAUUUUUAAGAUCUUCGACUCGGAUAUCUCACUUAGAAAAAUAAAGAAAAUCAUACAUUUUU